GGAGGCGGAGCUUCUCUGGGUUCCGUGUGUCUAUGUCAAUGUGUCUGUCCUUCACUCCUCCAUUGUCUGCCGCCGCCACUGCAGCUGCAGGAGUUUCCGCAGCCCCCAGCCUCGCGCGUCGUCGCUACCUCCUCGGACAGAAAUUUUAUGAAUAAGCAUCAGAAGCCAGUGCUAACAGGCCAGCGGUUCAAAACUCGGAAAAGGGAUGAAAAAGAGAAAUUCGAACCCACGGUCUUCAGGGAUACACUUGUCCAGGGGCUUAAUGAAGCUGGUGAUGACCUUGAAGCUGUAGCCAAAUUUCUGGACUCGACUGGCUCAAGAUUAGAUUAUCGUCGCUAUGCAGACACACUCUUUGAUAUCCUGGUGGCAGGCAGUAUGCUUGCCCCUGGAGGAACACGCAUAGAUGAUGGUGACAAGACUAAGAUGACCAACCACUGUGUGUUUUCAGCAAAUGAAGAUCAUGAAACCAUCCGAAACUAUGCUCAGGUCUUCAAUAAACUCAUCAGGAGAUAUAAGUAUUUGGAAAAGGCAUUUGAAGAUGAAAUGAAAAAGCUUCUCCUCUUCCUUAAAGCCUUUUCCGAAACAGAGCAGACAAAGUUGGCGAUGUUGUCUGGGAUCCUGCUGGGCAAUGGCACCCUUCCUGCCACCAUCCUCACCAGUCUGUUCACUGACAGCUUAGUCAAAGAAGGCAUUGCAGCCUCAUUUGCUGUCAAGCUUUUCAAAGCCUGGAUGGCAGAAAAAGACACCAACUCUGUUACCUCUUCCUUGAGAAAAGCCAACUUAGACAAGAGGCUGCUUGAACUCUUUCCAGUAAACAGACAGAGUGUGGAUCAUUUUGCUAAAUACUUCACUGAUGCAGGUCUGAAGGAGCUUUCAGAUUUCCUCCGAGUCCAGCAAUCCCUGGGCACCAGGAAAGAACUGCAGAAAGAGCUCCAAGAGAGACUGUCUCAGGAAUGCCCAAUUAAGGAGGUGGUGCUUUAUGUCAAAGAAGAAAUGAAGAGGAAUGAUCUUCCAGAAACAGCAGUGAUUGGACUUCUGUGGACCUGUAUAAUGAACGCAGUUGAAUGGAACAAGAAGGAAGAACUUGUUGCAGAGCAAGCUCUUAAGCAUCUGAAGCAAUACGCUCCCCUGCUGGCUGUGUUCAGCUCCCAGGGCCAGUCAGAGCUGAUCCUCCUCCAGAAGGUUCAGGAAUACUGCUACGACAACAUCCACUUCAUGAAAGCCUUCCAAAAGAUUGUGGUCCUCUUUUACAAAGCUGAUGUUCUCAGUGAAGAAGCAAUACUGAAGUGGUAUAAAGAAGCACACGUUGCCAAAGGCAAAAGUGUUUUUCUUGACCAGAUGAAGAAAUUUGUUGAGUGGUUACAAAAUGCAGAAGAAGAAUCUGAAUCAGAAGGUGAAGAAAAUUAAAGGCCCCAGAUGAUCACAAUACCUAGGAUUAUGACACACACUUUUUGAUUGAGAACCUGAUGCAUUUGGGAAGAGAAACUUGGCUUCAGUUUUCACAAAGGAAAAAAAAAAAAAUAGGAUAGGCUUCCCUUGUGCAAAGGGGAAAUGGUUUCUGUUCUUGUUUUGUUUUAAUGGAGCCCUGAGGCAUUGCUAGGACACUUGGGACUCUACCUCUCACUCACUGUCUGCUAACUUAAAGCCAUUCAACCAGGAGUCCAGUAGGAAUCUGAAACUCAAUACUCGGCAGACUCCUCUUUUUUAGCUGUAUUUUUCAGGUACUGUGUGGUGAACGCCCCACUGGUGUCUAUUACAGGGCCACUUUGGUAGUUGUGUAUCUGCUCGUGUAUGUGAUUUGACAAACCAGUUUUUUAAAAUAAAUGGCUUUUUAAAAAUCUGC